UUGCGGCCCCCGUUUGAUACAGAAGAUGCAAAGGGAAGGCUCGUGCACGUACAACUCCGUCGAAGACGUAACGGAGCAGUAAGAUUGGAGGAAGGAGAUCCUUCAAUCCAGGACAAUUACACCACGAUGACUGUACCAUGGUCCGUAACGGCGUUCCCACACCCUGUUCAACAGGCUCACAUCCCUAUGUAUAUAAAAGCGUGUUACACUGGUAGGGAGAUCACGCAUCUGCGGUUGCGUUCCCAAGGAUGGGAUUAGGUCGGAUGUGAUGUGAUUGACAGAUCUUGGCGGGAAGCUUUGCUACGGGCAUGGUAAGUAGAAGAUUUCAGGUAUAAAAGACCAAAAUGUCCCUGCAAUGCACCCGUGACCUUCUUGGUUAUUGGCAUCAGGCCGUAGAUGCUACACGUGGUUUUAAGAUAUUCCACUUCGUAUUUUUAAUGGGAAGAUAACUUCGCUGAGGGAAUUAGAGAACUGAGUCCCAGGGCUGGCAUACGAAAUAUAGUUCCACUGUCUACCUACAGCAAUAUCAAUGCAUGUGAACUUGGACAACUGGGUAAGAUUCAUCUCCUCGCGAAGGACCAGGCACAACUAGAGUAGUCAACCUGAUUGCCCCCCAAUAGGGAAUCUCUGACGGCUAACAGGUUGGGAUACGGUCCACUUCCCGUAACAAUUCGUCAGGGCACAUGUUCUCGCAGAGGGAAGAUGGUGAUUCGAAGCAUAGCCCCGCGUUCUGCAAAGGGGUUGGGGUCUUAAAUCGUUCUUCACGGAGGCGUGGAACAAGCAACAGAGUAAGAAGGUCACUGUCAAAGUUUGGCUUCUCCGAACCUCCACUUACUGUUCGUCCUUGGUCGCAUAAUCAGUCUGAUUCGACGCGUUCCUGCGCGAGGCAAGAAACCCCAUCCCACACCAAGAGCUUACCUUGCCAAACUGAUGUCGAUCCAGGUUUGUUCGUUGCCCGUACUGGAUCCUCAUGCGCCCUUGCUGCAAAGGAUUGCAGCCCAAUCGCCCUCAGUGUUGUCACCAGCGUAUCUGGCCUAAAUAAAGAAAUUCGAAGGCUCACCAAAUGCAUAUGCCGACACAACGAGGUCGUGGCCGAUUUUCGGAAGGCGCUGACAACGUUGGCGAAGAUUCAAAAUAUGGAGCAACAAUGUGACCAUGGAAGGAGAUUUAGGUGCCCGUGUUGGAGUGGGAUUCCGUCAAAGCGGCGGCUACGAACGGAGGAUUUUGAAGCUGACGAUCCUAUUGCUCAGGAGACGGACCGGUCGCAGCACCAUGAUCCGAGCUAUGCGCCGACACUAGAUGGAAAGUUUAUCAUGGAUCACAUGCCAUUCAGGUCGAAGAAAUUGAAGAGAGCACCUCGCACUCGACAAACCGCCCGAGACAAGUCGCAGACGAAAAAAAACCCUAACAUGGUCGAUCUUACUGGUGAAAGAGGUCGGCAGAGUGGACAUCCUCGGCGUCCCCGUAGCAAGUCGCCGGGCCGCUCUAACUGUAUACAGAAGCACUACAAUUACCUUGCCCCGGUUGGCAGCGAUGGAGCUGUGCACGAGUCAGCUCUGCUAUGCAUGGUUGCGGAUAAGAUCCCCAAGGCCUUUAACCUAGCAUUCGUACCAACCCGGAGUAUGGACCUCGCUGGGGUUGAGCUUGCUGUUGCUACAUACAUCUUCAGCAAGGAUCUUCCGAAGAGUGAAAUUCUGGCUGACGUUGGUCAUUGUGUUGCGGAUAGGACAGCAUUAUUAACACUUGGCCCGAAUGAAAGAGUUAUGGAUGACGUCAUUACUAUCGUGGCAACGAUGUUGUCGAAGACCUCCAGCCAGCACCAGUGGUUCAUGCCGACUAUGAUCAUGCAAGAUGCACUCCAAGGAACGAGUAUGACGCAGGCUAACAUAGAUGCUGUUGUGAGCAAGCAUAUGAGGUGCAAGGUCGACAAGGUUACCGAGUGACAGAUCUUUCAACCAAUGUGGACGGACGGACACUGAUUCUUGAUGGUUGUGGAUGUUCUCCGACAGAGGCUGAUGUACUUCAACUUUUUCAAGUGUACAACGGAGACCGAGGCAAGAAACUUGCUAUGACGCAAGUCGUAAGUCUCGUCACUUUUUACCGUACUCUGCAUGUUUAUACUUCUUACGUAGGUUAUCUCCUUUUACCAUAUAAUUCUUCUUAGGUAUGGACUGCGUACUGUGUGCAAUUAAAAACCCGGUUUCUCUAUGUACUUGUCAGAUUGCUGGAUGCAUCUCUCUGGUUUUUAUAUGGUAGCCUUGUUAACGUUACUGGGUUAAUUAAAUGAAAUAGUGACAUGGUAAUAGAAAUGCAGAUUGCCAGGUAUUAGAAAUCCCGUCGAAUCUGACCGUGCCACCAAUAAUAGGCUUAACUGGUUAAGUCCAAUUUCGGGGCCUUUGACAUGAUUUAAUUACUUAUCCUGGUUGCACGAAAUCGAUUAUGUAUAGGUUUGAUUUUUUUUUGGGAAAUAUAUCGUGAGCUGCUAUCGUAGAACUCGUUUCUUAAGCAGGCACUGCAUUUGGAGUCGCUAACAAUUGGCCCCAAGUGGCUAUCGAAGAGCACCGCUGAAAGACCACGUUUCUCGUCUUACCCGUUCGAGGAGCCCCUCGUGCCCCAGCAACAUAGGAAAUCGAUGGACUGCGGUGUAUGGGUCUUGCAAUGGAUGAUUAGGGGAGCUCUUUGGGCUAUACACAACGUGACGGCAGUAAACGACCAGACUAGGAUGCGAAUAGCACUUGAUCUUGUAUUGAGAUUACACAAUGCAAAGGCAAUCGACAUCGUCAAAAAGGCUAUGAGUUUCUGGAGCAAGAAGGUUGCGUCUUCGCGACGACGACGGCAACGAUAGCCACAUACGCUGGGAAGAACAUAUAAGUCUCGGUUGAGGGGACUUACGUAUCAUUUUUUGUUUUUUGGUUUCCGUCCUCCCCCGAUCAGAAAAUACACCUGGUCAUGAUGGACAUCGACACCUACUGCGUCGUUUACAUGCGCACCGGUUUUAUGUUAUUUUUUGUCAUUUUGUUAUAGUAGAUAGGAAUUUCACCCUUAUUCCGCGUGGGUCACCAUGGCAGUUGAUACGCAUAGUAUUGAUACGAAUAGUAAGAACAAGAGGAGUCGCCAUGCAAACUCGGUAUAACUAUUUAUGGGGUAUGAAACCAGUUUCAGAAGUUGGAAACUCA